AUGCUGGCCACCGCCAAGAAGUUUGCCAACACCGCAGCAGCGAUGUUGGAUGAAAGGAAAGAGGCUGCGCACUUCGUGGAUAAUUUUCUCAAACGAGAGCGCGAGGUUGACGAGUCACUGGAAAAAGUCAAGAAACUCCGGAAGCACUGGGAGGCUAAAGUGGGCGAGGCUCAAAAGGAGGCUGAUAGGAUCAGGCGAGAAGCUGUAGCUCCCCGCAAGAUCACCUUCGCAACCCCCACCGAGCAACAGCCAUUCACAACUCCAAAUGAUAACAUGAAAAAGGUUGCGGAGCUCGUGAAAAAGAAGGAUGAGGAGAUUGAUAUCGACUACAUCCGUACGCUCGUUGCCUCAACAAUGAAGCAGCAGAGCAAGAACUUCGUGAGGAACUACAACAUGCAGAACAUGAACAAGGAGUUACCUGAACUCUUCUCCAUGCUAAAGUCUGCUGAGAUUGAGAUACAGAAAGAACAUCAAGUGUUGAUGGUCAACAAGACCACCAGUUUCAAGAAGCAAGGCAAACCUAAGAAGGGCAACAUCAAGAAGGGUGGCAAGAAAGCUGUCGCGCCUCCUGAGAAGCCUAAGGGUGGCCCUAAACCUGAUACUGAGUGCUAUUACUGCAAUGGGAAGGGGCACUGGAAGCGUAAUUGCCCCAAGUACUUGGCUGAUCUGAAGAGCGGCCUUGUCAAGAAGAAGAAAGGUAUAUCUGAUAUACAUGUUAUAGAUGUCUAUCUUACUGGU